CAACGCCGUCACUAAGUGUCGUUCUUUUUUGUGCUGGUUUACUACAUAAAAGUGCUGCUCGCUCUACGUUUGUGCAAUAAAUAAAUUAUUAUCAUUCCCAACCGGGUGGCCAGAGGAGCCCUCUUCUUGGGCAGAAGGUCGAAACGAAGGAUUGCCAACCGAUUUCCUGGCUAAAACCAAUAUCAAACCUAAGAGUUUGGUUCAAAGUGCGUGCGAGUGUGUUGGUGCGUUUCGCUUCGCGUGUGAGUGUGUGUGUGCGUGUGUCGUCGUAGCAGCAGCACCAGUGGAAGAAGAAGCAGCAGCAACAGCAGCAGCAGAAAAGGAGCAGCGGAAGAAGAAGAUUGUCCAGGCACAUUUGCCGGAACGGGAAAGAACCCGUAACUUGGAAGGGACACAAGGCAAGAGAGACCGUGAGAGGAGAGAGAAAUGCAACAACAACCGGAGUCCGGAGGCGAGGAGAGCUGGCUGGAGGAGCAGUGUCACCGAGAAAUCCACGGUCAGCACGAUGAAUACGAACGGGAGUUUGUGCGUCAACGGGACAACAAUCUGGGCACUGUUUGGGGAGCAUUCCAGGAUUCGGCCACCGCCGUUGCACAGCUGUACAGAGAGCGCUCAUCGAACACAUUUUCCUCAGACACAGGCGCCCUUUGGUUGCCCUUCCAGACCGCAGCUGGCACUGUGACAACACUCUACAAAGAAUCAUGUGAUGGUCUCAAACGCACCAGCGACGCUGCCAUUCAGUGCGGCUACCAAAGACGCACUCGCGAAUUGGCCGAUUGGGCGCGGAGCAAAAAACGCCGCAUGAUACGGCGCGAGGAUCUGUUGGCCUAUUUGGCCGGAAAGCCCCUACCGCCAUCCAACUCAAAUCCACAUGCCAAUCGUCGCUCACCGAAGCCGGAGCAUCACCAUCAGAGUGGCAGUGGUGGCUCUGGCCUGGGAUUCCACGGCUCUGGACUGGGCCUAACCGGUGGUCCGCCCACAGCUGCCGGCGGUGGACAUUUGCUGUCCGCCGGAGCAGCCGGUGGCCGUCAGGAGGGAACGGGCGGAACCGGCGGCGGAAUCGGCGAUGAUUUGCACACCUUCAAGGAGGCCUUGGUUUUGCGUCCACGUGGCCCGGAACUAUUCGCAUUUGUUGCCAACGAAAUCGCGCGCCAUUGCAAGCGUCCCGGCAGUCCCAUCGACGACAAAAUGGACAUUUGCCACUACAGCAGUAAACGCCAGCGCUUCAUGUAAUCCACAACCAAUUGCGAUCCCAGCCCAAAGCCAAGCUCCCGGUCAUUAGGACACCAACCAACUCCACCUUCUGGUAUCGAAAAUGAAAAUGAAAAGGAAUGACAUAAAAAGCACUGCGCGUAAACUGAAUGAACGGCCGAUAUGAUGUCGAUGGCUUGCGAGAACAUAAAUUGUACAUUUAUGUUAAGAUUUUCAGUUUAAGAAUUGCAUACCGUAUUUUUCUUACAAAAGCAAUCCCUUUUAACCCCACUUUGUGCACAUUACAUGCAGCAAAUGUACGUAAAUCACACAAAAUCACACAUAAAUAAGGUUAAGUUAUGUUUUAGUUGAUAGCACUUAAGUAAAAAGUCAUGUCGAUUGUAAUGACACCAGAAGAUGUUUAUGUUGAUGAAGAUAAUGCCGAUAGUGGGCACAAACUGUUAAUCAUUGUCAUCAUGCAUUAAUGCGAACGAAGUGAAAAGUUUAGGAGUACGAUAUCUGUUAUAUGCCAGCUGUGCGUCUGAUUUACGAUUAAGCGAAGCAGUAAUAGUGAAUGGUAUUGUAAAAUGUAUAACCCCAAAUUUUUUUUUUUUUUUUGCAUUUUGCAAACCACAAAUGAAGCUGUGUAAAUAACAAAAAUAAGAGACACCCCAAGAAAAUCGCAAUAGAAAUAUAAUGUUACAUAUAUACACUAUUUGUAUAUGCUACUUAAA